AUGUCAGCUCCAAGGCAGAUAUCCCGACUCUUAUCCCGACGAUCUCUUCUCUCCACUUCUCGACGAUCUACUCCCACUCCUAUCUUCAAAUCACCUAGUCUAUCCGUACGACACGGAUCUCAUCUUCCCCACGAUCCAACCAAUUCACUCAACCUACCAAAGAACAUCUCGAUGCCUACGGAAGAAGAGUUGAGGUCAUUUAAUGAUGAUUGGAUGAAUAAAUACCAUGGGAAGGGGAGUAUAGUGGUGAAGCCAAAGACGACGGAAGAGGUCAGCGAGGUGAUGAAGUAUUGUUAUGAAAAGGGGAUAGCGGUUGUACCGCAGGGAGGGAAUACGGGGCUGGUUGGCGGAUCGAACCCAGUGCACGACGAAAUCAUUCUCAACCUCUCCAACCUCAACCAAAUCCGAUCAUUCGACGAAGUAUCCGGUGUCCUAGUCGCAGACGGAGGAGUCAUCCUCGAAUCUGCCGAUCACUUCCUCGCUGAAAAGGGAUUUAUCUUCCCAUUGGAUCUCGGUGCGAAAGGAUCAUGUCAUAUCGGUGGGAACGUAUCGACCAAUGCAGGUGGUUUGAGAUUAUUGAGAUAUGGUAGUUUACAUGGUUCUGUAUUGGGUCUGGAAGUCGUAUUGCCAGAUGGAAGGAUAUGGAAUGGGUUGAGUAAAUUGAGAAAGGAUAAUACUGGAUUCGACCUCAAACAACUGUUCAUCGGAUCAGAAGGUACCAUUGGUAUCAUCACCGCCAUCUCGAUCUUAUGUCCCAGACGACCAAGUGCGAUGAACGUAGCCGUCUUCUCGUUAGAAUCUUACGAGGCCGUGCAGAAAGUGUUCGCAGAGGCUAAAGGCCAUUUGGGAGAAAUCUUAUCCGCAUUCGAAUUCUUCGAUAAACAGAGUUACGCUUUGGUGAAGAAGCAUCAAGAAGAGAAUGGCGGAGAGAGAAAAGUAUUUGAGACUGAGGGUGAUUUCUACUGCUUGAUUGAGACCGGCGGAAGUAACGCUGAGCAUGAUGAGGCGAAACUCACCGGUCUCCUCGAACACCUGAUGGAGAAUGAGAUGGUACUCGACGGAGUUCUCGCUCAAGAUUCGACCCAAUUCCAGUCCCUCUGGUCUUUGAGAGAACUAGUACCCGAAUCGGCUGGUAAAGCAGGAUCGGUCUACAAGUACGACGUGUCUGUACCUGUCGGUAAGAUGUAUGGGCUGGUGGAGAAGAUGAGAGCGAAGUUGAGGGAAGGUGGGGUAUUGGAAGGUGAUGGUAAAUCACAGGGACCUAUCAGGGCUGUAGCUGGUUAUGGACACAUGGGUGAUGGUAACCUGCACAUCAACAUCGUGGCCAACAAGUACACCGACGAGAUUGAAAAGAUCAUCGAACCUUACAUCUACGAGAUCGUGGCUGAAAACGAAGGAUCCAUCUCGGCUGAACAUGGACUGGGAGUGAUGAAAGCACCUUAUAUCGGAUACAGUAAGAACGAGACCUCGAUCGAGUUGAUGAAGCAGAUCAAGCAGCUUUUCGAUCCCAAGGGGUUGUUGAACCCUUACAAGUAUAUUGUAUAG